UAUAGGACUGACCUUCAAUAACAGGCUUCCUCUGUCCGGGACCGUGCAGCAGCAGCUGACAGAUAUGACUUGUUUUCGGACAUAACACAAGGUGAGGAGAAAUGGCCCACAGUGGACUGGACAAAACGAGACAUUAAUGAAAACUUUUCACUAAUUAGCGGAUCAAUGCGUGAAGGCUUCCAGGAACAAUGUCGGUGAACAUCUCGAGCUUGAACAGCACACUUCUGUCGCCUCCGGUCUCUUCUCACAAUGUUUCUGCCCUCAUAUUUGGACUAUUGCUCAUUAUAGUGAUCAUAUGCGGGAAUGUACUCGUGUGCCUUAGUGUUUACAAGGGAAAAGCCCUGAAGACAACGACAAACUACUUCAUUGUGAGUUUAGCUGUGGCAGAUCUGCUGUUGGCAGUUUUGGUUUUACCCCUUUUUGUUUAUGCGGAGUUUCAAGGUGGUGUCUGGUCCAUGAAUUUGGCUCUCUGCGAUGGACUAAUGACUAUGGACGUAAUGCUCUGUACAGCAUCUAUAUUCAACCUUUGUGCAAUCAGUGUUGACAGGUUUAUUGCUGUGUCCAUACCACUAAACUACAACCGAAAGCACGUUGACAAUCGGCAGAUUCUCUUACUCUCUGCCACUUGGCUCCUGGCAUUGGCCGUGGCGUCGCCGGUUAUCUUCGGUAUCAACAAUGUUCCGCAAAGAGACCCCAGAGAGUGCAAACUGGAAGACAGUAAUUACGUGGUAUAUUCCUCAGUCUGUUCUUUCUUCAUUCCCUGCCCCAUCAUGCUCCUACUGUACCUUGGGAUGUUUCAUGGCUUGCGCAAGUGGGAAGAAGCUCGCAUAGCCAAACUGAGAAACAGUAUUCAAGCCUGUCGCAGGUUGCAGCAUGCUGCGGUGGCCGCCGCACUCCCGCCCCUGGGGGCUCUGACUGCGUCUCUACCCCGGGUCAUUGAGAGGGACUUGGCCCAGUCCAGCCUUGAAGAGCUGAAUGACUUCACACAGCCUGUCUGUCCCUUCCCAGCAGAGUGUAAACACAGCCCUAUUCAAACUAUGGCCUAUCCAGAUAUUCAGUAUGGCCAGCCAACUCAAAGAAAGAAGAGGGUGAAGAUCAAUGGAAGGGAGAGAAAAGCCAUGAGGGUUUUACCUGUUGUUGUGGGUGCCUUCCUUUUCUGCUGGACUCCAUUCUUUGUAGUUCACACCACACGAGCUAUGUGUGAAUCAUGUGACAUCUCCCCACACCUGAUGAGCACAGUGACAUGGCUGGGAUAUGUGAACAGUGCUCUGAACCCCAUUAUCUACACCAUCUUCAACACUGAAUUCAGGAAAUUCUUCAAAGAAUUUCUACACUGCUGCUGCUGACAUCAACCAAAAAUAAGAAAUGAUAAUACCAUAAUUUAUGCUAAAGACAUUUACGUAUAUACGUGUAUACUGGACGUACAGUAUGUUUUAUAACAUUUAUAUCUGUAUUCAUAUGGAACUGUUUUAUUUUGUUUUUAUAAUUAAGUUAUCUUGCCACUGUUUUGUUUGUUUGUGCCUAUCAUGUACUACGUUCGCAUAUAGUAGACUUUAUUUUUAAGGGAUUGUUUACUCAAAAAUGGUAAUUUGUCAUCAUUUACUCACCCUCAUGUUGUUCCAAACCCAUAAGAUUUUCUUUCUUCAGUGGAAUACAAAAGGAGAUAUUAGGCAGAAUGACAGCCUCAAUCACCAUUCACUUUCAUUGCAUCUUUUCAACCAUACAAUGAAAGUGAAUGGUAACUUCAGCAAAAAUCCUGCCUAUUGUCUUCUUUUGUGUUCCAGAAAGAAAUACGGGUUUUAAACAACAUAAGGGUGAGUAAAUAAAGACUGAAUUUUCUGUCUUGGGGAGACUAUACCACUAUACUAAACUAUACCUUUAUAUACAAAUGAAUAUUUUUAGUGGUGCCUGAAACAUUUUUGCAUCAUUUUAUAAUAUGCCUCAGUGUGAAUUAAAGGAAUAGUUCACCCAAAAAAUGAAAUUCUCUCAUCAUUUACUCACCCUCAUGCCAUCCCAGAUGUGUAGGAUUUCUUUCUUCAGCUGAACACAAACAA